UUGUGGCCUGCGUCGCGGGCUGACCAGGGUGGUCCCGGUCGCAUAUGCAGGAUUCUGUGAGCCGCUCUGCGUCUGCGUUCACGGGUCCUUGGGGCAGUGUUUGCACAUCACUGCGUGGGAAGCUGACCGCUGUGAGGGCUCCCGCGUGCCUCCACCUCUCUCCCCCUCCCUCUCCACCUCUCUCCCCCUCCCUCUCCACCUCUCUCCCCUCCCUCUCUCUCUCAGCCACUUCUGCACCAGCUGAACUUUGUGUGACCCUGUGUGUUACAGGCAACACGGAUCUUCCGAACACAGGCUGAGCUCAGAAUCCAUUGCGGAAGCCUGGGAGGUCGCACCCGCUUUUGUUUCCAGCUCCACUUUGCUGGCGCUGGGUGAGGCGUGGCCUGGCAAGGCAUCGCUGCGUUUGUCAAGGCCGAAGACCAACGAAAUCGGAAAAAGACGAGGUUCAGGUUUCAGUUUAGAGCCAGUGGUUUCGGGGCCUGUGAAGAACCUGGCCGUGAACUUGCAGUGUAGGGUGGGGGUUGGGGUGGGGGGAUAGGAACGCGUCGCUAGGAAGGGUGCCUGCCCUCUGCCAUGGUUGCUCCGCCCCUCCAGACAUGGCCAGAUUCUGAUUGGUUGAUGCAAACAGGUGGCCCCUCCCCUCUGGGUGCUUUCUGGCUUCGGCAGGCUCAUGUGGCCCAAUUCUGGCCAAUGAACAGUGAGGAGAAGCCUGCUGGGGGCUUCUGGGAAAGGAUUCUCAGCCCCCAGAGAGAGGCACGAGGAAGACAGGGCUCCCUUUUCACCUCUGGAUGCUGUGUGUACCUGGAGCCGUGGCAGCCACCUCAACACCCCGAGGAGAGAGAGAAGGCAGUGAAGACAGACGGGACGGGAGUGGCGGGUGUCGUCCCCAAGCUGCAGCAUCAGCCGAGCUCUGGGGGCAUCGGGAGACGGCGGAGGGCCCCCCGCGGAAGCUGUGUUUUCUGUCAUGGGCCACCAGGUGCGUUCCAGCUGACUCGUGGCUGGGCAUGCCGUGGGUGCACCAGCUGGCUCCUGCUGAAGCGUCUGGGCAAGCAGCAGAGGACGGCCUGAGUGCUCGGGCCCCUGCACCGCCUGGGAGACCUGGAGGACGCUCCCGGCUUUGUCCUGGCCCAGCACGGGUUGUUGCGGCCAUCUGGGAAGUGAACCAGCAGAUGAAAGUCCCGGGCCUCGGGGAACUGGGUCAGCUCCACGCACACAGCUCACACCUGCCCUGAGGACUACGUUCAUCCGCCUGCCCUCUCCUCUCCAGCACAAAAUUGGUUUUUGGAGACAGCUUACGACAAGAGUAUCUUUACACAACACAGUAAAAAGGAUUCAUGCCCCAGAAACAGCAGCUCCAGUGCAACCGUGAGAGUGAGCAGUGUCCACCACGGAGCGUCUGAUUCGGCCCCGAGCUUCCGAGGAGCCAGGCCAUAAAGGGAAACCCCGCGAGUGCCAUCUCCCCCACGACAGGAAGUGGGAAACAGCCGCCCUCCGUUCAUCCUGAGCCCGUGUUUAACGCAAACUUCUUACGCUGGGUUUUCAUAAAGCAGUGGAUUCCAACGUGCUGCAGUGUGGGUCUCCCACGACAGCCUCUUUUUUUUUUUUUUUUUUUUGACAGGCAGAGUGGACAGUGUGAGAGAGAGACAGAGAGAAAGGUCUUCCUUUUUGCCGUUGGUUCACCCUCCAAUGGCCGCCACUGCAGCCGGCGCACCGCGCUGAUCCGAUGGCAGGAGCCAGGAUCCAGGUGCUUUUCCUGGUCUCCCAUGGGGUGCAGGGCCCAAGCACCUGGGCCAUCCUCCACUGCACUCCCUGGCCAUAGCAGAGAGCUGGCCUGGAAGAGGGGCAACCGGGACAGAAUCCGGCGCCCUGACCGGGACUAGAACCCGGUGUGCCGGCGCCGCAAGGCGGAGGAUUAGCCUAUUGAGCCACGGCGCCGGCUAACCUCUUUUUUUUUUUGAAGAUGUAUUUUUAUUUAUUUUAAAGACAGAGUUACAGAGAGAAGUAGAGACAGAGAGAGAGAGGGCUUCCAUCUGAUGGUUCACUCCCCAGAUGGCUGCAACAGCUGGAGCUGUACUGGUCUGAAGCCAGGAGCCAGGAGCCAGGAGCUUCUUCCGGGUCUCCCACGUGGGUGCAGGGGCCCAAGGACUUGGGCCAUCUUCUACUGCUUUCCCAGGCCAUAGCAGAGAGCUGGAUUGGAAGAGGAGCAGUUGGGACUAGAACUGGCGCCCAUAUGGGAUGCCAGUGCUUCAGGCCAGGGCCUUAACCCACUGCGCCACAGCACUGGCCCCACGUCAGGCUCUUGAAAUCACCAUGGGUAAAAGAGAAUCCAGGGGUGAUGGCUCCUUAAAGAGCUACCCUGGGGGCCGGCGCUGUGGCACAGCAGGUAAAGCUGCUGUCCGCAGUGCCGGCAUUCCACAUGCACGCCGGUUCGAGUCCUGGCUGCUCCACUUCUGAUCCAGCUCUCUGCUGCGGCCUGGGAAAGCAUCGGAAGAUGGGGCGGGUGGCAGUGUGACCAGGGCCUGGAGGGCCCAGCUCCCUCUCUCCACGUGGCAUCAGCCAGGGCAGCGCCAGCUCAGGCCACGUGGACAGACACUGCCCGGGGAGAGGCAGAAGCCGAGGGAUGAAGGCUAUGGGCCUAAUGCAGCCCUGCCCUCUUCCCCGAUGGCCACAGCAAGGCACGUGGCCAGGACAGAUGCUGCCCCGGGUGCUGUCCAGGUACACGGGAGACGGGGGCUGGAGCCACAGCCAUGGCAUCACUGGCGUGCCCGAGCGGCCCAGCUGGCGGGAACGCUGGGGACAGGGCGCACGGCAGGCAAAGGUCCUCCUCCACCUGGUCAAAGACAGCAUCGACCAUCGAGGACAAGGACAUCCACACGGCCGCCCGUCUUUGGCCCGGACCCCGGCGGGCUCCACCCCCCAGCGGAGGGCGCGUCAGCAAUGAUGAGCUCGGCCGAAGCAGGUUUGGGAGAGACUGAAAGCCGGGGAGUCCGUGCCCGUCUCUCCGAACGCUCGUGGGGCCGCUGACCCGGAGGUGGGCGCCCGUGCCGGCCGGGCCCUCACCCGCGGGGCCUGGCCCCGGCCCUUGCGGAAGUGGCGGCGGCGUCUGCUGGAAAUGGGGCGCGGUCGGCACUCUGGUCCGUGGGGUCCCCUCUGCUCUCCAGGGGCGGCGGGCAGGGGCAGGGCUGCACAUAAUGAGACCUGUGUCUGCCCGGGCGCCUCCCGCCACACUGGGCCCUUGUGCUCGAGACUUGGAGCAAAGCGGAGAGGCAGGGUCCGAGGCCGGGGGGGGGGGGGCCAGGCCAGCGCCCGGAGUCCUCAGACUCUUGUUCAAACAGCGGGGCUGGGCAGCAUCCAAAGUCCGUUUUUCCAAGUUCAGCUUUUUUCCCCUCGAUUUAACCCAACAUGUAGCUCCGUGGAAAUGGAAUCUUGCUGUGGGCCUGGAUGUCUGUGUGUGCAUGUGUGCUUGUGUGUGUGCACACUGGAGUGUGCAGUGUGCUCUGUGUGUACUGUGUGUGCACAUGUGCAGUGUGCAUGCAUGCGUGUGCUCUGUGUUUUUGUGUGUGCAUGCAUGUGUGCUCUGUAUUGUGUGUGCACCCAUGCUUGUGUGUGCAUGUGCACACUCUGUGAUUAUUGUGUGCAUGCGUGUACGUGUGCUUGUGCAUGUGUGUGCUCUGUGUUUACUGUGUGUGCAUAUGCACAGUGUGCGUGUAUGUGUGUGCUCUGUGUUGUGUGUGCCUGUGUGUGCACGUGUGCAUAUGUGCAGUGUGUGCAUGUGUGUAUUGUGUGUGCAGUGUGCAUGCGUGUACUGUGUGUAUGCACAUGUACAGUGUGUGCAUGUGUGUAUUGUGUGUGCAUGUGUGUGCUCUGUGUGUAUUGUGUGUGCACAUGUACAGUGUGUGCAUGUGUGUAUUGUGUGUGCAGUGUGCAUGUGUGUGCUCUGUGUGUAUUGUGUGUGCACACGUGCAGUGUGCAUGUGUGUGUGUGUUUGCACGGGCACCUUGGGGAACAUCACAGAGGAUGAGAACUGGGGCCUGGGCGCCUGUGCUGAAGAAUGAACUCAUCUCAAUCUCUGUGGCCGCUGGGAGCUAGCAGGGAGCAGCCGGGAGGGUUUCGAGUUGAAACUGCGUGUUCUGUAGCGAAGGGUGACGGCCAGUGUGCCUCCCACCAUCAUACGUCGUUCCUGUGUUGCUGCUGUGUUGAAGUCUAAACCCCGACACCCCAGCCUGUGACCCUGACUAGAACAUUUCGUCGCAGAUAAGACCAGAGGGGAGCAGGGACGCCCCCAGCCCAACAUGACAGUGUCACGGUGCACGGGAGAAACUGGAAUAGGCAGCCAUACACAGACGCCUAAACACAUGUGCACAUGCAUACACACAAUGCACACGCAUACACACAUGUUCACAUGCGUACCAACACAUGCACAUAUAUCACACACAUGCACACUCAUGUGCACACAGGUAAACACAUGGACAUGCAUAUAUGUACACGCAUGCACGCUCGUGUGCACACACAUUUACAUGCAUGGACAUGUGCAGACACAUACACAACAUGCAUUUCAGUAUAAAAUACAGAGAGUGGAUUGGCAAUAUCUCUCUAGCUAUAAAAAGCACAAAGCACAAUUCCACUUCUCAGAAUUCGUUCUGGGUUUACCAGAGCAGGAGUGAGAUGCGUACAGGAGACUUUACUGUUCCACUGUUUGUAACAAAAGCCCGCAAAUAACCUGAAUGUACAUCAAAUCCGGAAGCGUGCGCUCUCCCUCUCCCUCUCCUUCUCCCCCCCAUCCCGCCUUUCAAAUAAAAAAAAAUUAAAAAAAUAAAAAGCACGACUCACCCUGGGGGGCAGGUCCCAGUGCUCUCCCAGCUCCCGCGCCUCUGCCUGGUCUGUAAUUAUUCCCUGGCUCUGGCUUCCCGCAUGGCGGGAUCCCGCCUCGUCCCGUCACCAGGAGUGGAACCGUGAGCCACGCUCGGCCACUCAGCGUGUUCCUAGCUCAUGGCCAGGUCACCACAAGGGAGUGUGACCGAAGCCAAGGGCGCGAGAGCCCUCGCCGGGACUCUGGUUGGCAGUUUGGGCAAAGCAUGUGGACUGCUGGCCCCCAAGGGAGUGCAGGCUAAGCCGGGGGCAUCUGGCCGUCCGGGAAGGACGCCAGUGUGGGGUGAAGCAGCACCCAGAGGCGGAGUAGGGUCAGCCUGGGAGCGCGGGGGGCCGCAGCCGCCUGCUCGACGGCCCCCAGCUGCUGAGGCAGCAGCGUCCUCUGCUUCGCUCCGUUCGGGCUGGCUUUCUGUCACUUAGGCUUGAAGGGUCCAUGCCCAGGGCGUCCCCAGAGCCCCAGGCACGUCCGCCCAUCUACAGCGAUGACCUGGAGGUGCGAGGCGGGAGACUGUUUGUGUUCGUAUCUGUGUUCUUUUCAAGAUUUAUUUUGCGUAUUUGAAAGGCAAAGCUCUCGGAGGGCCAGGUUUACCCCUCACGCAUCGAAGCUGCAUAAAGAAUCGAUCCAUCGGCCGGCGCCGCGGCUCACUAGGCUAAUCCUCCGCCUUGCGGCGCCGGCACACCAGGUUCUAGUCCCGGUCAGGGCGCCGGAUUCUGUCCCAGUUGCCCCUCUUCCAGGCCAGCUCUCUGCUGUGGCCCGGGAGUGCAGUGGAGGAUGGCCCAAGUGCUUGGGCCCUGCACCCCAUGGGAGACCAGGAGAAGUACCUGGCUCCUGCCUUC